GAAAAGAGAAUAAUUGGAGUGAGGUUAAGAAUGGACAAUAUCACAAACAGAUGGCCUAUUCUCCAGAAAUGCAAACAAACCAACAAAAUAUACCAAACUACCUUCGAAAAGUCAAUGUCCAUUGCCUCAAAAAAUUUGAUCUCUGGAAUUAUGCGACGGCAAGAUGAUAAGGUGAUGAUAUUAUCGGAGAAAAAGACAUUGCAAUUAAUGCAUUAUUACAGGUCAAUCGUCCAAAGACUAGGCGUCGUAGUGGUGAAGCACAACUACAGGGAGACCAACAAAGUUGUUGACAUGCUGGCGAAGGAAGGCACAAGGAAAAAAAUUUUGAAGAUAUUUUUGUAACGACAGUUCCUCAGGUGAUUGUCAAUCAUGUACUUUGGGCAGACAUCACAGGAACUGUGUUUGAAAGGAAAAUAACGGAUUGUAAUAUUACUAACAAUAGCCUGGUAGAGGGGGGUCUCAUGUACCCACCCAUAAACACUCAUUUUGUACACCCUGAUGGGUAGUUUGUUUUAGUUAUAAUAUGCAUCCG